AUGGAAAACGGACUUUUUGAAGACGUACUAGUAGUGAGAGAUGCUGAAAGGCUCCAUUCAUCUUCAAAAAGGGAGGAGAAUCUUGAGACAGAAGAGUCAAGAGGCAACGGCACUUUGCAUCCACAACGACGUUACAAUCAAACGAGGGAGGAGGAGGAGGAGGAGGAGGGAGGAGGAGGAGGAGGAGGAGGAGGAGGGCCCGAAGGGUGGGGAAGAGGAUCUGUGCAGGAAGGGGGCGUCGAGGUGGGAGAGGAAUCUAGAAAUGAGGAUAUAAGUUAUAUUCCCCAUCUUCGGAGACGUUCAGAGGAAUCUAGAAAUGAGGGUACAAGUUAUAUUCCCCAUCUUCGAAGACUUUCAGAGGAAUCUAGAAAUGAGGAUACAAGUUAUAUUCCCCAUCUUCGAAGACGUUCAUGCGGCAGAAUAGGUUUCAAAAGGCUCUCAAAGACUGUCAACAAAAGCUCUCCAACAAGGCCGACUUGGAUGAGAGAGCAGAAGGUCAUUGAAAGCUUUCCUCCAACGCCACCGCCCUCCUUUCCUUCUCCCUCCAUUACCGGUUUCCUGCUCCUCCUCCUCCUCCUCACACGACCCAAAAGAUGUGGUUCUGAUGUCACCAGCACAACUGCACCCAUACGGACUCCCUGCCCCAAACCACCUGACCCCCCGAAGCCCCCCACGCCCACACCCCCCAAAGGACCCACCCCACCCCCAUCCAACUUCCAACCACCGACACCUCCCUAA